CCCCAUUAUGUCAGAACCCUGCUACUAGAGCCUGGAUGUGGCUCUGAGUUUCAGGGUCACUGACAUUGAUAAGACACCUGCGUCCCAGGACUCGGAGGAGAAACGGCUGAUGGACUUGGCGGGGAAUUUGCGCGGGGUUUUACUGAGCGGGAAGAGACUGUUCAAAUGAGGGGGAGGGUAUAUAAAGGAGGGUUGGCCGGAGCCUCCCAUUCUUGGCUUUUCUGAUGUUCAUGUUUCCUACAGUAAAAGUUCCUGGUGAUACCACAGAGAGUCUCGUGUGUUCAUUCAGGAGCGGCUGUGGUGAGCUGACACUAAGCCAAGAAUACGGACACCAUCCCGCUGUAGCGGUGAGGUGUAACAUGCAAGUGGAGGAUGAAGAGCUCUUGGGCGCCGGAGGAGGAAGGUCGGAAAGGGCCACUCCCGAGACGGACGCUGAGUUCCACCAGCUGGCGGCCCUGGCGUCAUCCACCGCUUAUGCCCAGCCAAAUGGGGUAACCCAGAGGCGCGGAGUGGUGCGGGGAGAUAGCACCGGAGGAGAGGAAGGUUCACCUUCCCCAGGCCCGCAAAAGAUGGUGUUUCUGGAGGAGAGGAUGUCGGCGAUGGAGACCACCCUGGCAGUGAUGUCGAGGGCGAUGGAGCGCCUGGCGGUUUUGGCGGAGCCGGAGCGAGGAAGGGAACUCCGGGCUAGCUCAAUGUGGGACGUGAGCAUGGGAAGCAGCCAGGGCUUUGCAGACCUCCCAGCACCGAAGGGAAGGGAAAUGCGAAAGGAGCCCGGUGCCCGGCCCAAGAUCCAAACGAGCCUGACGCGGGUGGAGGAGAGUGACGACGAAGGGGAAAAGCCUCCGAGAAUCCCGGCUACGCUCCCAACUGAGACCCUGGUGCCCCUGGCGAAUGCCGGGCGUGGCACAGGACAAAGGGAAGCAGCAGCGGGGCCCACUGGCCCGCAAGGGGGCUUGCGACGGGCGGAGAAUUGGGGAUUGCCACCACAGGGACCCCUACCGAGACGAGAGGAACUAAGGAUCGAGUUUGGGGGAGAGUCCUCUGAACUGGAUUUUUUCCUGACCACGGUGAGGGGCUAUAUGGAGGACAAUGCCCACACUUUUAGAACGGAAUCCAGCCGGGUACGGGCCAUUGGUGCAGUGUUGAAGAGGGGAGCGGCCAGCUGGUACGUUCAACUACACGCGCGGCGCGACCCAUGUCUGGGGUCACUCCGACGCUUUAUGGGGGCCCUGGAGACCCGUUUCCGAGAUCCACUGGAGCAGAUCCGGGCGAGGGAGGAGUUGAAGACCGUCUCCCAGGGGCAGAGGUCGGUAUCUGAGUAUGCGGAGGAGUUCCAAUGCCUCGCUGAAAAGGUGCCGGAAUGGUCUGCAGUGACAAAGAUAGAACUCUUCAAAGAGGGGCUCAGGCGGGAGAUCCUCUCCUGGGCGGUGCAUCGUGAUGAGCCUGACACACUGCGCGGAUGGAUUCAGCUGGCGGGGCGCAUCGAGACAUCGCUGGCCCAGGCGAGGAGGCACCGAGGAGGGCUACAGCAGCGGCCGCAGAUGAAAGAGGGGAGCCGGAAGGAGGGAUCAACCCCAGCCGGGAGGAGAACGGAGCCGACAGGGAACGUGAGCACCAGCAGGAGGGGCUGCUUCGUGUGCGGCCGUUUGGGCCACAGGGCUGCCGAGUGCUGGCAGAGAAAAGGGGAAGGCGGAGGCCCGCCCAAACCAAGAGCCGUGGCAGGGAAACGCGCCGAGGAAGAACCACCGAUGAGGCACCACUCGGGGGGGUUGGACGAAGGGGAGGAGGACGCCAUGUCAGAACCCUGCUACUAGAGCCUGGAUGUGGCUCUGAGUUUCAGGGUCACUGACAUUGAUAAGACACCUGCGUCCCAGGACUCGGAGGAGAAACGGCUGAUGGACUUGGCGGGGAAUUUGCGCGGGGUUUUACUGAGCGGGAAGAGACUGUUCAAAUGAGGGGGAGGGUAUAUAAAGGAGGGUUGGCCGGAGCCUCCCAUUCUUGGCUUUUCUGAUGUUCAUGUUUCCUACAGUAAAAGUUCCUGGUGAUACCA